UAUAAAAGAAAUUAUUGGAUCUAAAAAAAAAACCUGUAGGAGAGGGAAAAUAUUACUGUAAUCUUUCAGAAUCGUUGAUGUAUAGGAUAUGAUUUAUUCUAAAGCAUUGGAUAAUUACAACUACACAUUGACGGGUAAUAAAUAUGAACUAUGCACUUCGUAGAUGUGCUGCCUGACAUAACUUACUGAGGGAAACUUUGCAAACUUGUUUCAAAAUUCGGCCCGCCCCUUUGAACAUCCGUGGCAACAAUUUCCGGAGGUUUAAUGAACUGUCAUAGCCCGGGGGCGAGUUCACGGUUUAUUAAGAUUGAUUCAUAGCUGCAAGCACUCCUGCAAACUUAACGAGGCGCCAGACACCGUGCAAGUCAAACUACGAUGGAUAAAGAAGUUUCAGAAAUCUCUGUCCCGGUCCCAUGGGGAGAGAUCAGAGGGAAAGUCUGGGGUCCUAAACAAGGCCGUCCUGUGCUGUGCCUGCACGGCUGGGCAGACAACUGCGGCACAUUCAACACCCUCAUUCCCCUUCUACCCAAAGAGUGCAGAUAUGUGGCGGUGGACCUGGCAGGACAUGGUUUAUCCUCCCAUCGUCCUACUGGAGCUUUCUAUGCAUUUCCCGAAAACGUGGCGGACAUACGCAGAGUCGUUGAUGGUCUCCAGUGGACAAGGUUCUCCAUCAUCGGCCACAGUAUGGGUGGAAACAUUGCUGGGAUGUUCAGCUCGUUGUAUCCUGAGAUGGUGGAUGCUGUCGUGCUGCUUGACUGCUUUGGAUUCCUUCCUGCAGAUCUGCCGGAAAUAACCCAAGCAAUGAGGCAGGGCAUAGACGACAUGCUUCAGUUUGAAAAGAAGACGGAGAAGAAAAGAGUUUACACUUACGAGAAGGCAGUAGAGAGGUGGCUGGCUGCAAACCCGAGUAUGUCUGAGCAGUCAGUGCACAUCCUCUUAGAGCGAGGACUAGUUCAGGUUGAAGGAGGAUUUGUGUUCUCCAGAGACAUUCGAAUUAAUUUUAAAAAUAUAGAACGCAUCAAUUUGGAGCAGAGUCUGGAGAUGCAGUCGAGGAUUCAAGCCCCUGUCCUCAUUGUUCUAGGAGACGAAGGCUUUGGUGGUAAAUUAUUCACGGAAUCACACCGUCGUGAAUCUUACGUCAAAGUUCUCCAAGGAUAUCAUGACAAAAAUCACUCGGUGGUGAGUGUACCAGGUGAUCAUCACGUUCAUCUGAAUGAUCCUGAAGUUGUCGCUCCACUUGUUUCUGACUUCCUGCAGACUAAAGUGAUCUCACAGCAGCUGCCAGCUUAGUGGACACACACACACACACACACACACACACACACACACACACACACACACACACACACACAAAACGUAAUUUGUGAAAUUUCACACUUUAAUUCUCAUUAACAUAAUUUUGUGACUGUGUUUUAUCACUCCUGCUGUUAUUGUUUGAGCAAUAACAUAAAGUUGCUUCAGUGACUUUGAAUAAUUAAUCUAAAUGUGUAAACCUCCACUGAUUGCAUGAUUGCUGAAACUGCUGCUGAUUUACUAAAAACAUCUGCAAAAUUUACACACACAUAUAAACAGCCCUGUCUCCUAAAAAAUACAUUCCCAUACAAAAAAACUGCAUUCUCAGUUAGAUUUGGAGCGAAAUGUUUUUCCUCCCACAGCCUGAAGGAAAAAUGUAAAUGAGCAUUCCCUCCAUAUCACGAUUGCAACAUCAGUUAAACUAAUAAAUUAAAUAUUUUUUCCAACCCCUGCAGCCCUCAUUAUUAAUGUUUGUUAAUUAACCGUCCCCGGGGCCUCCUUUCAUUUGGCAAAAGUGGCCCCAGGGCAAGAUAAGUUAAGUAUCCCUUAAAGGCAAUUCUGCUUUAGUGAUCUGUUAUUUCUUUAUGUGCAGCAGCCAGGGCUUUACUUGUCAUCGUUUCAUUUGAAGCCGAUCUGUGUAACUCUGCUGCUUUUCAUGAAUGUUGACGCUUGUACAGAAUGAGCUAAAAACAGCAGUCAUUAAAAGAGACAACAUCCUCUCACAACUUUUCAUUAUGUAGGCCAAUCCUCUCUGUAUUCAGCUUUUGUCUUGGAGCCAGCAAGACAAAAAAAAAAGUAUUAUCCCCUCUACUUUUACUUGGGGGAGUGACUCCAUAAAACACUGCAGCUGCCGUCACUCAGAGCAGAUAUUAGAGGUGCAGCUCACACAAAAAUGGCCCCCUCGCUCUCUCAAUGUCACAUAAACUGUGUGAUGGCCUUGCUGUUAAAUGGAGUGGAAUUGAUUUUACGCAGCGAGCAGCGAGGCAGCGAGCAUCCACAGACAUCUGAAGAGCCCCUCCUCCUCCCCCUCCUCUUCCUCCUCCUCACCCCCUUCCCCAAAAAAAAUGAUUAUAGUUAUAUAAGUUUCCCUCCCACUCCCUCCAUCCUCUCCACCAUCAGCAGGGGUGUUGUCAUAGCAACCCCCACCCCUCCUUUUUGAACGUCAGAGCCAGGAGCUUGGAGGAUGAAGCCGCAUGCAGCUUCUGCCUCUUGUGCCUCUCGGAGAGCACCUGUGAUUCUCGCCCGUCUCGGAUGCAACAGUCAGAGCUGCGGUGCUGGAAAUAAUCUGAUGAUUGAUUUGACUGUCGGCUGCUGCUCAUCACACAUCAUCUGAAACCAGAACUGAUUCAGCAGCAUCUGCAGCAGCGAUGUCGUGGCUGUUCUUGGACUGGUUCGUGCCCCUCUACCUGCUGGUGUCGGUCCUGGUGCUGGCGGGCUUCGGAGCAUGCCUUUACUUCCUCGAGCCCGGGCUGCAGGAUGCCCACAAGUGGAGCAACAAAACAGUCCGGCAUCACCCGCUGGUGGCCAGUGUGAACUGCAGAGAUGACGAUAGCAAUGCUCUGAUAUGAUCAAGAGGGCGAGGCGGAGCGGGGCGGGAGGCCAUCUGGACAGGGGUGAUGCCAGGACACCGAUGGGAUGGUAGCCAACACCUUAAAGAUGGAGAAAGGAAAUGGAAGAGAUGGAGGGAAGAAUGCUUUGUUCAAUCAUUCCAACUUUUCUCUGAUCUCUAAGGCUACGUUCAGACUGCAGGCAAUUUGUUUCUCAAAUCAGAUUAUAAGACAGACUGUCCACACUGAUAUUAGCAAGCAAAAUUUAUUGGAUUUCUCACCAACAUAUCUGCAUGAGCUGCUGGGGUAGGCGUGAGUAACUAAAUGAGUAUGCCAGUGAGCUAGCUAUCUAUCUAACUAACUCACCAGCCACUAAAUGAGUAAAAUUUUUACAAAGUAUUGCUUCAUCCACACACGUCACAGUGAAGGAAAGUACUUUGGUUUGGCCAGAAGAAUGAUAACUUUGUUCAGCUCAUUUUUGGUGAACAGUUUAAAAUAAAAGCAAAGUAAAUUUGCAAACUAGCUAGCUAAGUAGUCAGACAUCUGCUAGCUAGCUGACUUGCUAAUUCCACCAUGCUUUCAUGCUACACUGGUUAGAAUAAAUGAGCCCAACAGCAGGCUGGUGGUCCACUGGGACGCUGCUCCCCUGGUUAGCUAGCUAGCUUACUAGCCAGCUAUCUGUCUCCGGAGCUGCGUCCACUCUCCUCCUGGCGAAAUAGUCGGCCAGCAGUGAGGAGUGAGGCGGAGCGGCCUUGGGGUGUGCUUGCUAGUUAAUUCUUGUGCCAUUUGCGGCCUAAAAAAUAGUAAAUUCAUCAAUGCAGGUGUCUGAGACGGUGGUGUCAACAGCGUGGAGGUCAGCGUGGAGGUCACCAUGUAGCGCUGGAAGACAAUCACUGUGCUGUGAGAGGUGUGGCGCCCUCUGCAGGACUAUUGGGAACACUUGAUUAUGAGAUGUAGCUUGCCAUUUUAAGAAUGAGCCUGGGGUCCUUCAGCUCUGUGGCCAUCAUCAAAUUCCGAUUUGUGUGCCCAGGCUUGGACCCAUCUGUAGAAAUCUGAUUAGAAUUACAUUUCAAAACGUAUUAGAACAGAAAUGUGUGUUUUAAAGGGAUCCAAUAAGCAAAAAUUGCCUGUGGUUUUAUUUGUGUCCAGACUUUCUCAAAUCAAUCUGGCUACAAUCUAGAAAUGCUGAAAAACAGAUUUAAGCUGUUAGUCUGAACGAGGCCUAACAAAUUUCACGUAGAGAUCAGGGAAAUGAAGCAGAGGGCAGAAACGCACAAGGAAAAGAAGACUUUGUGGAGGAUGAGACUGUGAGCUGGUUGGAGGACACGAUGCCCUUUAGAAAUGUGAUUCAAACAUGAUGUAAAUUAUCAUGCCAUCUUAUACUUGUGCCAACUUUUACAUACGUUUUGUAUUUUGACAAUCACUUUACAUGAAUCAUGAAGUUAACUUAUAUUGUGCAUUUAAUUAGUGAAGUGAAUGACAGAAGUACGAUGACUGUCUGCCCAGCGGGGAGGGUUUUAAUCCUCUCCCUCUGUGGUGAUGUCAGCACAGCAGCUGCUGAGAAGCAUGUGGAUUGUUAGUGCCAAUGUGCCAAAAUGGUGUCAGUAGUGAUUUUAUUAAAGUAACAUGUACCAGAAAAUUUCAACAUGGUUUUUAAAAGGUGCCAAGAUUCUCAUAGAUGGACCAAGAUUACAGAAAACAUGUAUUUGGUAAUGCUCAAAGUGUAUAUUUUUUAGUUUUCAUUGUUUUUACUUGACAGCAUGGUGAGGAAACUCUCUUUUGAUGAUCAUAUGCUUUCUUUGUUCAUAUAAAAUAAAACAGUUUAAUCCUC